UUGUAGGUAGUACAAGAACUGAAAAAUAAUUUUUGGUUGCCAGUAUACCUGUAGUCGUUGCACUGAUCAGUCGAUAGUUUUGUGAUAAAUUAUUUCUCAAGUGAAUUAAAUUAUUAACCAUGGGACGUGAUUCUAGAAAGGUUUCAAGAGAACUUCGGAGUUCUGAAAAAAUUAAUAAGUCGCGUUCAGUCAAAAGAAAGAAUGUUUUUAAUCCGAAAACAGCCGAACGUGAUGAAAGUAUUCAGAGUACAUCUUCUAAAAAAUUAAAACAAAACACUGAAGAUGAUGUACCUGAAGACAGCAGUACUGAAUUUCGAAUAAUAAAUUUUAUUCAGGUAUUCACUGCAAUUUCUGCUCUUAUAAAAUGUAAAAAAUGUGAUGGAAAUGUAGUGUUUCAAACAGCAAGUACACGUGGGCUGGGAUUCAAAAUUGUAGUUGCAUGUAAUAACUGUGGAAAUGAAUAUAUUCCUUCCUGUUCUUUCGUUGGGCAUUCUUAUGAAAUAAACAGACGUUUCAUUUUUGUAAUGAGAAUACUAGGAAUAGGAUACGAAGGAUUGUGCAAGUUUUGCGGCCUGAUGGACAUGCCGUCUUUUUUAGAUAAAUCUACGCAUACAAUUUUACUGAAACAGAUUUUGAAUUGUAGUAAAGCCGUCGCAGAAACCUUCAUGACGAAAGCUGUGAAUGAAGAAAAGCAAGCAAUGCCAACAACUGAAAAUGAAGAUAUAAAUCAUCUAACUGUAUCGGGAGAUGGAACCUGGCAAAAACGGGGAUAUACAUCGUCAUUUGGAGUUUCUUCUAUAAUUGGCUAUUUUACUGGAAAGAUUCUUGACAUAAACAUUAAAAGUGCAUAUUGUAAGCUAUGUGAGUAUUGGAAAAAAAAAACAAAUACUGUUGAGUUCGAGGAAUGGUAUCAAUCGCAUGAAGAUGUGUGUUCUGCUAAUCAUCAAGGGUCUUCUGGGAAAAUGGAGGUGGAUGCGAUGGUCGAAAUGUUUUCGUAUUCUGAAACUAAAUAUGGAGUUAAGUAUGCCAACUAUAUUGGUGAUGGUGACUCCAAGACCUAUUCAGGAAUUAUAAAAUCAGAUCCUUACGAAAAUACAACUGUAAAUAAAAAGGAAUGUAUAGGGCAUGUCCAAAAGCGGAUGGGGAGUCGAUUACGUACGCUGAAGAGUAAACAAAAAGGUCUUGGUGGUCGAGGUAAGCUCACAGGAAAAUUAAUAGACAAACUAACUGUGUACUAUGGUUUAGCAAUACGCCGGCAUUGUGAUUCUAUUGAAAAUAUGAAAUCUGCUAUAAUGGCAACCUUUUAUCACUACGGCUCGAGUGAUGAAAAACCGAAUCAUGAUAUGUGUCCAAAAGGCGAAGAAUCUUGGUGCUCUUACCAGCGCGCUGAAGCAAGAGGAGAGCUUGAUACCUUUUCUCACGAUUAUUCUCCUUUACCUUCUGAUGUUUUAAAAGCUAUCAAGCCUAUAUACGAAGAUCUUAGUAAUGAAAAUUUACUUUCAAGAUGUGUAGGUGGAUUCAAUCAGAAUAAUAAUGAAAGCUUUAACCAACUAGUAUGGAAAAUAUGCCCAAAAACGGUAAAUACUAGUUUUACUAUCGUACAAAUAGCUGCAUACGUUGCUAUGUGUAUAUUUAAUGAGGGUAUAAAUUCAUUAUUAGUCUUGAUGAAUACACUUGGACUUAAUUGUGGGCCUAAUUCUCAUCGGUAUGCAGAAAGAAUGGAUGCUGCACGUAUCAAAGUAGCAGAUAAGCGCGCUAAUGAUAACACCCGAGAAGGUCGAUUGCAACGUAGGCACCAGCAAAUCGAUAUUUUGGAAGCUGCUAUGUCGGCUGAAGAGCUAUUAUAUGGUCCAGGAAUAGAUGACUCAGUAUGAAUCUCCAAGGACUUAUGAUGAUCACCGCAAAGGACUUCGGGAGGAACGGGCUCUACAAAAACAGCGAUAACUUUUUGAAUUAUUAAUUUUUUUUUUUGAAAUUUUCGUGAAGUCAAAUCGAAACGUGUUCUAAUAAAGCUAUGUUUUUAUUUUUGUCAAAUAAAGUAAUUAACUACAAAAAAAAAAUUAUUGAAAAUCAUCAUUUUUUCAUACCCCUGAG